AUGAGGCAUCAUUCAAGAUCCAAGAAGGCUCUGAAUGAUACCGCGGCAUAUGCAAUAGAACAUUCAGCUGUAGAUAUUCCUAACCAAUGUCAAAUUCUGCAUCAAUUGUUAGACAAUGGAGAGGUAAAUCUACUGGAUUUUCCCCGUCUACAAACAGAAUUAGAGCGUAUGCUUGCUGCAAAUACCCAACGAUUGACAUGUAUAUCCCGAUAUUUGCAUGGUGAGCCAAUGCCUGAUCCAGUUUUGCGCAGUCUCGGUCUAAUGGAACCCGAUCCGGAUAAUCAGCCGCAGCAUCCACUUGAGACGGCGAAACUAAAGCAAGCAAAACCAGAGGAAUCAUCUUCCUCGUGUCUUAGAGCUAGCACUAACCCCGACAAUCCCCUUAGUAUAAUAAUCUCGAACAAGAAAGCUCAACCAUUGGAUUUGGAAACAGGGAGUCAAAAUGCUGGACUGAGUGAUAAAGAGAAGACUUCAAAGUCAAUACCUGCUAGCCCAUUACCAUCUCCAUGUGAAAUACCAAAUCGUUUCUGGGCCCUUAUGGAGCCUUACUGUGCGGAUAUAACAGAGUCCAAUAUAUCGUACCUUGAAGGGAUCCUCAAAUCCUAUGUUGAGGAAGCGACAGCAUCUAAAUACUUCCAACUUCCUCAGUCAAAAUUUCCCAAAGACACGGAUCAUAUCUCUUCCAAACGAUUGCGCCGUGACACGUCAACAAAGUCUGAAGUUGGAGUUAGCAAUAAUGCCAAUGCAGAGGUGUCAACGAAUUCCAGUCAGUUUUCGGAAGCUCUUAAAUCGGCUACCGAGAUGGUUACUCUUGCUCGGCGUGUCGACACUCAGUUAAAAGAUAUGAAACCAGCUUCCUCUCCAUCUGUGGAAAGCCUUCUGAGAUCUUUGGAGAAGGAUCUCUAUGACAACAAUGUCACUUCAGUUCUCCGUCGUGCUGUUACGCAUAUGGCUCAUGAGAUUAUUGACAAAACUGAUGGAAAUGCACCCGCUACAACACACGAGUGUGUUAUUGAAAAUGGCAGUGACAGAAUGGUAACUGCUACUAGUGGCGAAUUGAGUGGUGUGUGCAGUCAGCCGCUGAAGAACCUCGCACGCCAACUCCAAGUGAGCUCCUCCUUUCGAGUGGAGAAGAAAAUUGGUCAAGCCAUUGAGGAAUUGGGCCUCUUUCCUACUACGCUCUACCUCAACCACCUCUCCCACAGGCCCGACAAACCUCUUCUCCAUUUUCCGGAGAAAGUUAGUGCUUCGAUACCAUUUUCUUUCUCCGCGGCAGCAUCAAAGCACGAGGCAAGUGAUAGUCCAGUGACGACGGAGAGUAAAAGCUCUUUAUCCAAUGGUCUGGAUCAUCCUGCUCCUCUUAAAAAUCCACCACCACCAACCUCCCCAAAGUCUCCCCCUAGGUCCAGUCGACGCGCUAGAUCCGAAACAGCUGUUGAGCCUCGGCAAAAAGGUCCGUAUUCUGCAGUUCAGUCAAACGGCUGUAGUCCGCCUCAAAGUGAUUUGAAACAUAGUAGUGGUAGUGAGGUAGAGGAUGGGAAUGCAGACGAGGCAGCAAAUGCCGCCUUUUCAACCGAUCUCUCCACAGCCAAUGAAGAGGAAGACACUUGUCCUGCUGAUGCCGAAAUCGAUGGAAGUAAUGCGGACACCACCGAUGAGGUGCCUUCUAUCCCCCCAGCUACUCUUCAGGCUGAUUAUGUGGAGACAUCCGACAUCCCGGAUGAUCGGAAUGAUGAGUCCCUUCGUCCUCAUCUAUUUGAAAAUCAUAAAAUAUCUUCAACUUUACCAAAACCAGAUGAGUCACUAUCGGGGGAGCAAGAUAAGAAGGAAGGAAAUCUUUCUUCAGGAGGAUGCAAUGGUAAUACUGGCAUCUCACUAGGGGAAGGCAGCGAAUGGUUCGUCGGAAGCGUUCCUCAACUCAAUUGCACAGAUGAAGAUGAGGAUUUCUCCAAUUGUAUUCUCAAUCUUACUUCAUCCUCUUCGAAAAAUGCCGCGAGUUGUAGUGUUAUUGAAGCUGCAAGUGGAUCCUCUGAUCAAAUAACCCUAGCUCUCAUGAGGCGUCAGCGGGAACUCCGUCAGCUCUGUGCCUCCAAUCAUAAUAUCCUCCAUAGACUUGUACAGGCAGCUAGAAGAGACUUGCAAAGGCAGGAGAUUCAACGGAGACUCGCUAUUGCAGAUGCUGAUGUUUUGGAAGCAUACGAUAAAUUGGAGAGCUACAAGGCCCAAAAGCGCACAGCCCUGAAGCGUGAUCGAGAUUUCGCCUGGAAGACCCUGAAAGAGCGCCAAAAAAUCCGUGCCGAACUAGAUGCUUUCGACAAGAAGCCCCCAUAG